AUGCAUCAUUGUUAUUCAUGUAUUUGCAGAUCAACUGGAAUUCGGGAUGAUCUCCUUUUUCUCCUUGAUGAAGAGCUUACUAGCAUUCAGUUGUGUGCUCUCCAUAUGGAGAUGCGCAAUACAGGGCAGUUGCUUGCGUCCAUUGGUCUGAUUGCCUACAAGAUUGGUUCACUUCCAGAAGCCAAUCAAGCCCUGAAGUGCUUUGGCCCAGAGUCUUUUCAUGGUGAUAGAAUUUCUGUUAAGAAGAAGAGUGGUCAGGAGUCUGCCAUUUCAAAACAGAAUAUUCAUGUGAGCUCUAUGUCAGGUCCAACAGAAUUUGAAGUUCUUCAAAACCUUGAAGAGAUUGUGGGACUCUCCCUUCCACUGGACAAGUUAAAGCUCUCCUACAUGGAUGUAAACACUGCCAAGAAUUUCAUUCUUAACCGUGUUACAUUUUGUCAGUCCCGUAUUGAUGUAAGUCUUUGAUAGCAGAUGUGGCAUUGGCAAGUACCUUCACUAGUGGUUCAACAGUUCAAGUUUAUUGUUCUUUAAGUUUAGAGGUGUGGUUUAUG